AUGGGUCUGCACGAGCUGAAGCUUCCAAUUCAGUAUGCCAAUGUGUGCCCCAAGGCCGGCUUCGGCAACUGGUGCCUGAUUGUGUUCAUCGUCGCUCUUCUAAUCGGUGCUGUGGCCUUCACGGUCUUCGCGGCUGUGACCCUGAGCCGGCGUGCGUCGGGCAGCGGCACCGACGAUUACGACGACGAUGUGCUAGGUGAUGGUCCUGAUGGCGGCAGGGGUGGAGGUCGAGGCAGCGGCAAAGGGAGCGUCUCCAAUCCUCCGGUGGUCGACGUAGAAACAAUGCCGCCGAUCGCCCCGAGCGACGUCACAACUGACGCACCAAGCGGGCCACCUAGUAGGGCGCCCACGCCUCCCGCCGAACCAUUGACUGUCUGCACGCUCGUGCCUGGUGCGGAGCACAUGCACUUUCCGGCCGACGGCCUCUGCGACUACACCUUUUUCGACUCGCUUUACGUCAGUCCUGGAGCCAACGAUUUCGCCUUCUCGACUCAGGGUCCCGAUGCGCAGCGCUUCGUCGGUCAAGGCCUGGCCGACACGAAAACGAGAUACGGCAUGUCCGUGGCCCUCAGAGAUGUCGUGGCCUUCAGCAACGCCUACCGCUCACCUAACGGGAGAAGAUAUUACGAGUCUUACUGGAUAUACAAUGUCUUCAGCUGGGGCUUUCUCCACAUCGACGAGCUAGAGGCCGAAGGAAAGAUCACUGAUGUCGGCCUCGCGCUGGAAACACUCAAGGAAAUGCACCAACAUGCGCUGGCGACGGCUGGUCUGAAGCCCGGCACCUUUUUGGGCAUCUUCAUGAGAACAAACCUAUCCUGCACCUCUUUGGCCGAAUAUCUCCAUACCAUCUUCGCUCCGACAGGCGUUAUUAUCUUGGGGCACGUGUCUUACGGCGAUUACUGGAGGGCUGAUUGCGCAAUCAUGCCGCCCAUCAACUUCGUGGACCCACGCGCUGAGAAGCCCGGCAUCGGCUACGGACACCGCAUGCGGGACGCCAUGCUCAAUAUGGCCUGCCUCGCGAACCAAGGCGUCCAGACGAGCCUUUACCUGUCGGUCACGAUGCAAGCUCGCCGGUACAAGAUAAAAAGCACGGGCAAGGGCCAGUCGCUGUACUACACGGAUUGCGGAAGCGGCAAUUACGAACAGCGUACUACGGCUCAGGAGAUAUGCGAUGACCCGAAUUCGGGGUACAGUCGAAACAUCUAUUACGCCAGUCAGUACAGGUCGCCGAUCACUUAUGACGACCGGGAUGGUUACGCCAUCACUUUCGAAAACGCAGUGUCUCUACGUACGAAGAUCUGCAACGCCUGGACUCCCGGAGCGAUCGCCUUGCGCGUGGGCCUGGCCGUGUACGACGCUAACUACGACCGCAGGACCAGCAAGUGUGACCCCCGGUGGAUCAACGGGUCGUGGUCCCGGUUCCAUUUCCUCAUGAGGCUACGCGACUUCCUGCAUCAGCCCCUAUCCUCGAGCCCCUUCGUGCCGGAGUGCAAUCGCGUCACGUGAUCCGCGUAGGAGGCUGGGGGGAAUAAAUUGAUCGAAAACGUAAGGAGCUGCGUUGCAUA